UUUCAGGCCAUUUAAAGCUACUGUAAAAUUUAUUAGUAUGAAUCCAACACGUAAAAUCACUCGUUUUCAUUUUGAUAUUUCUGAAUCUUAUAUAAAUGUUAAAAAUAUAAUGAAACAAAUAGAGAAAGUUGUUAAUAUCUCGUCAGAAAAUAUGGUUGCAUGCAAAAUUAAACAAAAUGGUCAAUUAUAUUUAUAUCCAGAGGAUUCAUGCUCUUAUAGUGAAAAUGAUUUAAUUAUUCUUCAAAUACCUGGAGAAAUUAAGGAACAACUUCUACAAAAUAAUUUAAUAAUUUCUGUUGUUUAUUUUGUAUUUGGAAGUGUUCCAAAUGGAAAAAUGUAA